AUGCUUUUACUCGAACUUCCAUUGGAUCUGUUCCGCACAAUCUUAGAACGGCUCGUCUGUGACCUCGGCCUGACGCAAGCCGUGCAUCUUCGCCGCAUCAACAAACUGUUCGACCGAGAGACACUGCGCGCACUUACAACAACACAAGUCUUUGGCCUUGACGCAGAAUUAUUAGUACCAUCUCAAAAACAAAGGAAAACAUGUGGACCUCCGCCGAGGAUCAGCCCGUCAAUAUGCCGAUUUGUGGCUCGCUACAUGCUCCAGCGCCCUCAUACCAUCCGGAAUCACAAAGGCAAUCAGCUCUCUGAGUGGAUGAACCAGGUGUUCGAUGAACUCGCAACAGGGCCUGGCGGCAAUCCUGCCUUACUGGAAGACGAAGAAACGCGCUUAGAGGGCAUGAGAGUCCUCAUCAAAAGCAUCUGCAGACCUUGUCUACACCUCCGCAUAAACUUGGUUGAUUCCGGGGGCCCGGAAUGGAAGUCACCACCUCCUACGGAAGGGGAUAUCGUUCUCUCUGCAAUCAUAUUGGGCAUGGUCCCGUUCGUGAAAGAGGCAACCCGAAGGCUCGACGUGGACUCAAUAUCGAGCAACUUUGGCGGCUGAGAGCCCUGGGGGUACCCAUUUCACGCGGCCAUCAUGACGGGAAAUCUUGAGAUGGUUCAAGCAGUUUUUACACCCAACACGGACGUCAAUAAGGAGGUGCGUUGGCGGGCGCCUAUUUACCUUGCUGCCGAUAGCGGCAACAAGGAUAUCGUGCGCAUACUAUUAGAGUCCCCGAAGCUCCUUCGAAGUGGAGAAAACGAAUCUGCCAUGAUAAGCGCAUUCGAAGACGGCAACUUCGAGAUUGGGUGGAUGAUAUUUGAGCACGCCGACAAACAGGCUCUCGACCUCAAAGAUCUUGUCCCGGAUUGUCUAAAGAUGCUCAUUGACGUGCACGGGGCAAUCGACCAAGUCCGGACUCUUCUCGACAAAGCCACAACGAUAAAAGGCAGC